AUGGCAGAAACAGCAAAAAGGUAUGCAGUUGUUACAGGAGCAAACAAAGGAAUAGGAUUUGCAGUAUGCAAACAGUUGGCUUCUAAAGGGCUCACUGUUGUGCUCACAGCAAGAGAUCAAAACAGAGGUCUUGAAGCUGUUGAGAAGUUGAAACACCUUUCCCUUCCUGGCCUUGUGCUUUUUCAUCAACUUGAUGUCUCAGAUCCUCCAAGUAUAACAUCAUUUGCAGAUUUUAUCAAGAAUCAAUUUGGAAAACUUGAUAUUUUGGUAAACAAUGCUGGAAUUCCUGGAGUUCACGUGAACGGUGAGGCUCUGGCUGCUACUAAUAUUAUGGUAAAUAAUGCUGGAAUUCCUGGAGUUCACGAGGACGGUGAGGCUGCUAAGAUUGUGGAAAAUCUUGGCCAGAUUGAUUGGAGUAAAAUACUAACCGAGAGCUAUGAACAAACUGAAGCAGGUAUUAAAACAAACUACUAUGGAGCAAAGGAAUUAACAGAAGCACUUAUUCCGCUUCUCCAGCUUUCAAGCUCACCAACAAUUGUCAAUGUUUCCUCAUCCAUGGGAAGAUUAGAGAAUGUUCCGAACGGAUGGCCUAAGGAAGUACUGAGUGAUGUUGAGAAUCUUACUGAAGAAAAAAUUGAUGAAGUUUUGAACCAAUUUCUAAAGGAUUUCAAAGAGGGUUCAAUAGUAGAAAACAAAGGUUGGCCUAUAAAUAUGUCUACAUAUGUUAUCUCGAAAGCGGCUCUAAGUGCCUACACAAGAGUUCUGGCUAAAAAGUUUCCAUCAAUAUGCAUCAAUGCUGUUUGUCCUGGCUUUGUGAAAACGGAUAUAAACUCCAAUACAGGUUAUUUAACACCGGACGAAGGUGCUGAAUCGAUUGUGAGAUUGGCAUUGUCACCGGAUGGAAGUCCUUCUGGAUGCUUUUUUGUUAGAAGUGAAGAGAAACCAUUUUGA